AUGUUUCAGGAAUCAAUGGGACCCAAAGCUGGAGCGUUGGUUAUUUUCUUGCUGGGUUUGACCUUGCUUUGUGACGCUAGAUCUUUCUUUCACUCCACCCUCUCAGAGGAAGUUUCCAGGAAGGAAGACGUUUGCACUCUGUGUGAGGAAUAUGUUACCGAUGCUCUCACCUACCUUAAAAAGAACGAAACACAGGCACAGAUAAUGGAGGAUUUUCAUGAUCGGUGUUCCCAGAUGCGCGGAUUUUCGAAGCAGUGCAUAACUUUGGUUGACUACUAUCUCCCUCUCUUCUUCUUACAAGUGGAGUCGUUUCAACCUCAUUAUUUCUGCAAGAGGAUGAAUCUUUGUGGCAGAGUGGUAACUCUUGUAGAAGAAUCCCGUCAAGACACUUGCGGUGUGUGCCACAAGACUGUUUUAGAGAUUCUCAUCAAACUACAAGAUCCCGACACACAGCUGGAUAUAGUGGAGCUGCUUCUCAAGAGUUGCAAAUCGCUCAAGAAGUAUGAGAAGAAGGCUUUUUCUCAUUUGAUCAUGUUGUGUCUUAUGUUAUUACCGGGCUGGCCUAGUGAAAAACGACAUCUGCAAGCUCUUACGCGCAUGUCCGGCCGAGAAAACGGUUCUAAGCCAGCCCGGUUCGGCGGAUUCUUGAACGUUUAA